UGCUGAGAUCAAUUAUAAAACGCAUUAACUCGUACUUAUGCUCUACUUAGUACAUAUUAGCUUUUUCAUGACAAUUAUUUAAUGAAUGGCUACUCGAAAUAAUUGUUACUGUUAAAAGUGUUGCCUCGAGUUUCUUUGAUGCGGUCAGUAGUCAAACUUCUGCCAUCAUAGCGGUAAGACCAGAGACACUUAAAAUAUAUUGCAUUAUAAAAAAUUUGUCAUGUACAAAAAACAAGUGAUAAUUCUGACAUAUUAUUUCCUAUUGAUUUCUUUGAAAAAUUCAGUUACAAGUGAAUGGAUUGAGCUUCCCCAAUUUUCAGACAAAAUCAAAGUUUAUCGAACAUCUUCCACUAGAUUCAAUGAAAAAAAAGUCAGUAACCGACCGAAUAUUUUUAAAGAUCCACUUUCGAGUAUAGAAAACUAUACAAAUUGUAAUUCUGAUGAAAUUUUUACUGACGUUCUUUUAAACUCAUCUGCUUCAACUGCUUUUGACCAAUUAAACGAUACUCGUAACUACAAAUAUAAUAACGAUUUAAAAACAACUACAGAAGGUUUUAUCGAAGAUGAUACUUCUUCCAAAAUUAGUAAAAAUGAAACAAACGAAUCUAAAAACGAAGCCACUUACUCAACUAUGGUGACAUACACUACCACAAAAUCUUCGAUUCUCAAAAUUAUUGAGGAUAAUCCCAAAUCAAACAGACACCCGCAAUCAACUAUUGAUUCUCUUCUAAAUUAUAUUCCAAUAAAUCAUCUGAACCGGGUUCAUAAAAUUUUGUUGGAGAAUCGAGGAAAGGGUUUCGAAGAAAAGUUGAGAUUUUUGGAAUCAUUUGAAAAAAAAUUAUUGAAAAUAAUACGUUCAGUUGUUCCAGAAAUAACUUCUCGUACUGCUGUUCUUCCUGCUCGAAAAAAACGUGGUUCAAGUUGGGAUGAUCAUGACACUCAUAUAGGAUUCCCUUCUCUCGAAGGUGCCCUCUUAGCUAUUUCAUUUUUAACGUUUGCAAUUUAUUUGAUUCGAUUGAUAAUGAUGCUAUUGAAAAAUCUCGGUAAUAAUACUACUACUCCUAACACAAUACUGGUAAACAGGAAUAAAAGAUUCGCAGCGAAAUUAACUGAAGAAACGAAAUUAACAGAGGAAACAGUUAGAAUCCAUAAUUACCUACAUGAAUUCGAUGCCAGUAUGAAGCAGUGAAAAAUUGUUCAUUCAACAUUGUUCGUUUUACUGAAAAUUAAAAAUAAGUUGAAGACUUGCACUAGA